AUGCCACCAAAGUUCCUAUCCAGUCUAAAGCGACACACUCAUCCCCUCAUUUGGAUUGCCGGCAUAAUCUGCGCCACCAUAGCCCUCGCAGUGAUAAUCGGAGGCAUCGUCAUCUUCAUCGGCUAUGUGACGAUCCGCCCCAGGGUGCCUUCAAUCAGCGUAACCGACGGACAUCUCGACAGAAUCCGAAGCAGCAGAACCGGCUUGCUCGAAGUCCAGAUGAAGAUCGUCGUCCGAGCCGAGAAUCAAAAUGCCAAAGCACACGCAAGCUUCUCGCAGACCGAUUUCGUCCUGAUCUUCGACGGCAUAGAGAUCGCGUCGCUGGUGGCUCGCCGGCCGUUCAAAGUAAGCAAGAUGAGUUACCUGGACUUGCACUUCUUAGUGGAAUCGUCGGCGAUUCCGCUGAAUCCGACGCAGAUGGAUCAUCUCAGCUGGUCGCUGAAGAGGAAUUUGAUGCAAUUCGAUCUGAAAGGAAGCUCGAGAACUCGAUGGCGAGUCGGAGUUCUUGGACCGCUCAAAUUUUGGUGCCGUUUGAACUGUCACCUCAGAUUUCACCCGCGCAAUGGAAGCUACGUUCCCGCGCCCUGUUCUUCCAAGGGCAAGUAA